AUGACGGGAUCGGAGACUGGUGACAACUCGAAUGGCGGGACUCGGAACAGUGGCCAGGAGUCUAUCGAGCAGGUCAUAGAGAUCGCGCAGCAGUGGCAGAACGAGGACGGACAGUUCCAGAUCACGGCGGAACAGAUGCGCACGUUCCUAGAGCAGGCCAGAAGUCUCAUGGUGGCAGAAGCGUCGAGUGCUGGUCAGGGCGAGAGCUCAAAGGCCACGGCAGACGCGGACAACACCAAGAAUGGCCAAGGAGAAAAACGGGACGAUCAGUCAUGGAACUCGUCGGCACGGUGGAGCAAGGUAGGCGACACAGCUGGCGCCAGUCCAGCUCCACGGGGGGAACGAGAUCCAUGGCAGCCAGACGGGCAGGAUCCUUGGAGCCAGGCUUCGAGCAGCUGGACGGACAAGCACGCCGGCUGGAAGGAUCACUCCGACGGUUGGAAAGACAAGUUCGACAGCUGGAGGGACAAGUCGGACGAAUGGCGGUCAAACUAUUGGCAGAGCCGCGACUGGAACGAAAGCAAGUGGGGCGAAACGUCGGGGACCGAGAAGUGGAAGACCGACGAGAGGACACGCGGGAGGGACUUCGCAGAUCCUGAGGCAUGGCCCGGCUGGUCAGAGGUCAAGCUCUGGCGACGGAAGGUGAUGCGAUGGCGGCAGACGACAGACGUGGAGGCACAUAAGCACGCGGAUCGCAUCAUGAAGCUGCUGCCGAUCGACUUGCAGCGGAAGCUGGAAGACAUCACCGACGAAGAUCUGAUAUCAGACAGUGGGGCAGACAAGGUUAUAGCCAGGCUGGAUCUGCUGUCGGGAGAACGAGUCGGAGACGAGAAGCGUAAAGCAGGACGUGAAUGCUUGUUUUCGUUUCAACGCAAGCAAGGAGAAGGACUCACUGAGUACGCAGCGAGGUUGGACCUGGCUUUCGACAAGGUCGGUACUCUCGGACUUCCUCUACCCGAUGAUUGGAAAUACAUGUUCUUGGAAGAGGGAGCUGGACUGGAUGAGCGAGGUACUCAGUUGAUGAAGAUUCAGAUGAAAACAAAAGAUUCCUACAAAGAGGCUGUGGCAGCCAUCCGCGAGAUGGACGUGACCAGGCGUGAACAUCUCAGCAAUCACCGAUCUCGAGCCUACCACGUCGAGCAGUCUGAGGUCGUCAAACCAAGUUUCCCUGUACAUGAGCCCAACUCCGCUGACGACCAGGACACGGACUCCCUCCUCGACUGGGACGACGUAUCCUCUUUGGACACUGAGGGUGAGGCAGAGAUAUAUGUAGCGCUGGACAAGAUGGACCUGUACGACGAUGAGCUCAAGUACGUGUUCAACACCAUGCAGGAGGACAGGCGCAAGACAUGGAAGCAGAACCGCGACUUGAAGAGAAAGCUCAAAGUGGAUCGUAAGUUCUUCGACCGCUCGAAGGAGAUCGAGAUCAAGAUCGGCGACAAGAGCAAGUUCAACAAGGGACAUCGCUCGGCGAAGGGAGAGCAUCGACCUAGACGCAAUCGACUACCUCUCGCGGAGCUGAUCAAGAGGACCAAGUGCAGGUCUUGCGGCAAGAAGGGCCACUGGUCACGCGAAUGUCCAGACCGGAACGGCCAGAGCCACAGCGCCAGUGCAACCGGAGGAGGGACUGCGUCUUUCGUCACCGGCUAUGUGCACGCAAACGUGGUCGACCCCAACGCCCCGGAGGACGUGUCCAGCGGCCGGGAGCGGCAGCAGCAGGACGAGCUGGUGCUUCUCGCCGCCCCGCCCGGGGAGGCGGUGGUGGACACCGCGGCGGGACAAGGUCUGAUCGGAAAGCCUUCUCUGAGCCAGCAUGUAGAAGUUUUGAAAAGAAAGGGCCUCAGGAUCCCUCUCGUGGCCCCUCGGAGCCCGUCAGCUCGGGGAGUGGGCGGAGGCACGAGGGUGCUUCACACGGCCCUCAUUCCCACGGGGAUCCAGGGAAAGUCCGGGAUCAUCGAGCUAGAUGUCCUUCAGGAGGACAUUCCGCCUUUGCUCCCAGUAGGAUUUCAAGAAAUGCUGGGGUCCAAGAUCGAUUUGGAAGAAAACACCAUGGACCUCAAGCGUUUAGGAGUCAAAGUAGGCAUGAAUCGUCUACCCAGUGGGCACCGCACCAUCAGGAUCGAUGACUUUCAAGCCUCGGGCGCCGAUUUCAAGUGCCCAGAGGCGGUCUUUCAGCGGCAUCCUUCGUUGAAAGAGAGUGAUUUUCACUGCGACAGUGGCCGCUCAGGCAGCUCGGGAAAGUACGCACCUUUCUACCUCACCUCCAGCAGCGACCAGGGGGGCCGAGAGAGCCUAGCCGAGUCUGGCCGUGGCGACCCUAGGGUCCUGGGGCCGGGUCCUACCGUUUCCAGCUUGGGCGUUCCGGAAGACACGCGCGACCUGGUCCAGAUCGGAGACCCGGUCGAGAAGCAGCACAUGGCUCAGCUUCGCGAGAGGCGCCCGGCCACCAUGGCCGAGCAGGUGGCCGGCACCGACGCGACCUGGACGUACGCUGUGACGGGCACGACGGUACCGGACCACCUCAACAAAGCUCAGCGCGGCUGGGCAUGCAUGGUCGGCAGCACCAUGUUCUGGCUCAACAAGCUCGCCGACGAGUUUGGACGCAUGAUGGUGACGCGCAGAUUCUGGCCCACCAACCUGCCGAAGUCGCUCAAGGUCGUGCCCCAGGCCUACUUUACUUGUUGGCAUCCUCCGAUCAGCGUCGACUACGGCUGCAAUGGAUAUGGUGCCUGGUGGGUCUGCUCGGACUGUACCAUGCGAGUUGGAUACCUCGACAGGAAGCCAGACAAGACGAAGAAGGAGCCAGACGUGACAUGCUUGUGCAAGCGCAGGACUGCGGCGUGCUCGCUCUGUGGGCGGGGCUUCGCUCAACGGAAGGGCGCCGACCCAGAAUGGCGAGCUCUGGUGGCCGCUCCAGCGCCGCCGCCCGGCACUCGCGGAGUCACGCCCGCUGGAGUGCCGCCGCCUUGGCCAGCCCAGGCCGAAUCGGGAGCCGCUCAGCAGUGCACCCGAGCGAGCGAGGCCGACCGGGCGGACUGGGUGAUGAGCGAGGCGGAGGGCGACCUGCGCCGCAAGAAGCAGCUUCAACGACAAGAGGCCGCAGCGGCAGCGGCAGCGUCAGGGCCAGCUACUCCUCGGGAGCCGCGCAGUCGGAAGCCAGAGAACGGCGAGGAUCUCUCAGAGGUGAUGCGGAUGCUGAGGGACAUGAGCGCCAAGCAGGAGGAGCAGCAGAAUGCGAUCAGCCAGCUGACGAAGGUGACGUCCGGCCAGAUGCACGCGAUGGCGCUACUCCAGUCCCAGGUGCAAGCCCAGAGCCCGGUCAAGGAGCAGUUCUUGAUCAAGGAGCGGCAGUCACAGUCACCGGGACAAUCGUCACAGCAGCCAGAGUCGAAGCAGGAGAUGCAGCCAGGACACCAGACGUCGAUAGCCACGACCCCGCAUCUUGCAGCGCAGCAGGCUCCACCGGAGGCAUCCUUCCAGAUGAUCACGACCGCGCCGUUGGUUGCAGCCUACCCGAACUACGCGGCAGCACCACCUUUGCAGGAGCCGCAGGGACAGACGAAGGGUCACGGCAAGGGACCGGACAACCCGACGGGCCUGAUGGACCAGAGAGGCAACCUGCUGUCUUCUACCACGAUCAGCAGCAUCGACCUUCCAGGAUCGGCCUUGCCUUCACAACAGUUGGCAGCGGCGGCUCCGCAGAAGCGACCUUCUCACCUUUCGAGGCCCUCUGCCGAGCAAGGAGAUCCCUGGAAGGAGUCGCCCGAGGAGAAGCAGGCGCGGGACCAGCGCCGGAAGGACGCGGAGGAGGCGGCCAAGCGCGACAAGGACCGUCUGGCGCGAGAUGGCUGGACGGCAGCGGGGUGGAAGUCGUGGGACGGCUGGAACAGCGGCGACCAGAAGUGGGACAAGGGCGGCCAGAAGCGGACGUUUGAGUUUAACAAAAUCAUCGCUCUCGACACGUCUUACCUCACGUUCAAGGACGAGUGCCAGGUUCUUGGGGAGCCACAGUCCGGGAACCUGAGCGCGGUCGACGCAAAGGGUAUAUACGACGCGCUCUCAAAGCUCACGGCGGGGUCCAAGUCGGACCGGCGGGCAGCCAUGGACUUAGCGGUGGUCAGGACAUCUAUGGAGAAAAUCGGAAGCGCGAUCCGGUGGAUGCCGCAUCCACUGAUGCCUGUAGAUUGUAUGACCAAAUCGGAUCUAGCCAAGACUAAUGCCGCUCAGUUGACUAUGCUCAAGUCAGGCGCAGCCGACAAGGGCUCCAUGGCGCGAUCAGCGCUAGAGGAGCUCUUUCAAUUUUGCCUCUGCGUCCGACUCUCGCAGCGCCGGCGACUGCCUUUUCUAGGUAGCACUCCCGAUGCGAAGAUCCUAGGCUCGCAGAGGACCGUGGUGCCCGAGAUGGGGCGACGGAGCGCCCGGCGCGAGGCCCGGGGGCGCGGCUCGGGGGCCACGAUGGCGCGGCUGGGCGGCAGCGCCUCCCCUGCGGGCCGCCGUGCCAGGACGGUGCGCCCGUGGUCCGCCGCGCUGGCGUCGGCGGCGGCGGCGGCGGGUACCACCCGCCCGACCCACGUGUUCGAGAGCGCGCGGGACCUGAGGCGACUGCUCCCGGCCGGCAGCGGCGCCGCCACACCGACGGAGAGGACCUGCGAGGUGCCCAGCAUCGACCCGGACAGCAUCGCCCUCGCGACCGCCGAAGGCGACCGCACGGUGGUCCUGGAGCGCACUUGCGCCGACCUUCGCCAGAGGGAGGCGGCUCUGAGGGCGUCGGUGCUGCAGCUGGAGGAGCGCUGCGCGCGGCAGCAGCUGGCGCUCGAGCGGGCGCUCACCGAGCUGGCGCUCAGGGCGGUGGAGAUCAACCGCCACGCGGCCAGGGCGCAGGCGUCGGCGGAGGGGCUCAAGGCCGCGGAGGAGGCCCUGCUGCUCGAGGCGAGGGACAAGCAGGCAGCGCGGCGUGCUCACAAGGACCAUGGUGGUCCACCAAAUUACACGACGCCCCAGAAGACGCCUGGGGAGUGGACAGCGACGUGGGCCAAAGACGGCAUGGAGUGGAAGGUUGGGCUGCUGUACCUCAUGCACCUCGUGGGCGCCACGGCGGCAAGUGGCAGCGUGCACUUCGCGCCCGAGUGCAAGACGUGGAUCGGGAUGGCGACAGGUCGCGCCUGCUCGACCUCGCGAAGAUCAGGGGCGUUUACACUUCGAUCGAGCAGCCCUUGGCCAGUUUGCUUUUUUGGGGCGCCUCCAUGUGGCUAG